CAGCAAAAACUGCAAGCACUGGCAAAAAAGCGACAGCAUAUUACAUUACAAAGAAAAAUAAUUCAAUUGGAAUUGCACAAACAAAGUCGGCCUUCAUAAAAGUGUACAAAGCAACUGUGCUAAUACAUCAGAGAAUAUUCCUGAAAGGAGCUCGUCUAGAUCCAGUUAAAGAAACAGAAUUCACGCAAAUCCAAGAAGUUGACAAUGCAUCCUUUUACUUAUGCCAUAUCCGUGGACUUCGAGGCCACCUGCUGGGUUAAUCAACCGGCUCAACAAUUUAGAUUGUCGGAGAUAAUUGAGUUCCCAGCCAUUUUGGUCAAUCUGAAAACGGGAAUGGUCGAGGCGGAGUUUCACAAGUACGUGAUGCCCGUGGAGAAGCCGCAACUGAGCGAAUACUGUACCAAUUCGUUUAUCGAAUGGCUGAAGAAGGAAUUGAGCGCCCGCAACCUGGUGCUACCAAAGAUGAGUAUGACCAAUCCACAGGGAAACUGUUUCUUCGUCACCUGGACGAACUGGGACUUUGGAAUCUGUCUGGCCAAGGAGUGCGCACGCAAGAAUAUACGUAAGCCAACCUGCUUCAAUCAGUGGAUAGACGCGAAAGCCAUCUACCAGAAGUGGUACAAGUAUCGUCCCCUCAGCUUCAACAAUGCCCUGGAACAUGUGAGGCUGACCUUCCAGGGACGUGCUCACUCCGGCAUCGAUGAUGCCAAGAAUCUGGGCAGUCUCAUUUGCAAGAUGUUUCGUGAUGGAGCCCCCUUUUCGAUCACCAUGGAUCUGACACCACAUAAGGAGCUCAACGAGAACCGUGGCUUCUGAGCUUAAGCGGUCAGCCAUCAGCCAUCAGCCAUUAGCCAUCCCAGCCAGAGCCAAAGCCCCCCAGCCAGAGCAUAAUAAUCCAAUUGUUUAUUGGACUAUGUUUAAUAUUCAACGCCACAGUAACCCAAGGACACUAACGCUGACUAAGAGAUGGGCCCAAUUUAAACACAAAUAAAUAACGACUUGACAUUUGAAGUGCAUCGCCAUCGCAGCAAAGCCCCAGCACCUGCAUCUGGAUAUCAAAAGCCAGCAAGAAAACCACAACACUAAAAAUCCACUCAUUUAUUCUAUUGGGUGUAGAGAAUGAUUAUGAGUUUUGCAUUAUCUGAACACAAAUAAAUUAAAUUGAUGUGCAACGCAAUGACAGCCGAUCGCCUGCCAGCAGCCAUUGGCCAUCCCACCAAAGCAGAAUGAGCCAGAACACAAAAAAAGCCAUUUAUUUAUUUGAUUAUAUUUAAUACACUACAAUUCUGGAACCACACCAAAUAUCAUGAAA